AUGGCCGAGUCACCAAUUGAAGAGACAGACAAGAAACCGUCUCUCAUCAAGCUCCACACUGCGGUAUUCGAUGAUCCAGGUGUAUCCAAUGGCGAUGUCGAUUGGUUGUUUAGGGGUAGAGAAGUGAAAAAGCUCAAAAAAAAGGUGAAAACCGUUAACACCGAUGCACAAUCGCAGCUUGAAAAGGCUCAAAAGAGAGCCAAGUCUCGCAAGUCCUCUCUAGAGUUAUCCAGUUCUUCCAGAAAGACUUCUCCGAUACUCACUACAAAAUCUACUACCAAGCCCGUUAGUCCGCUUAGUCCCAAUCUUCCCUUACCUUCUAAAAAUUCACCCUUACAGCCUCUCAAACCCUCACUGAAGGCUCCGUCAUCGGCGACAGGCAUUUCAGUUGUCUCCUCGUCUCCACCUGUUCUCAAACCCACUUCGAUGGCCCCUUCGAAGUCUGAGUUCACCCAUCUAAGGGCAAAUUCCGGCUCUAAAAGUGUCCAGAUGCGCACAUCGACAUCCGAAGGUAGCUCGGGUUCCAGAAGAAAGUCGUUCUUUUCUUCCAUUUCAUCGAAGCUCAAGGGUAAAACAACCAGCUCCGAAGAUGCCGUUGACGAUACUGCAUUUCCUGACACGAGUAUCAAUCCUGCUACUGCACCGGUCACGGAUACCCAGGCUCAGACUCCAGUAUCGCCUCCUGUCUCAACCCCCGAACCUGCAGGAUCUUCUCGUUCUUCACAAGAUUCCAAGGGUUUCUUAGGAAUAAGAAAGAGAAGAGCUACAAUAUCAUCCAUUACGUCAUCAACCUCCAAUGAAAAGAAACAGCCGACUGUUAGCGAAGGUUGCGAUCCUUCCAACGACGGUAUUGAUGAGCCCGGACAUCAUCAUCACCAUCAUCAUCAUCACCACCAUGUACAUCAUCAUCAUCAUCAUGAUCAGGAUGUUGAAACAACUACUCUUUCAGGAUCGACCUCUUCAGAGACGCUUGAUCCUAUAGAGGCAACCAAGCGUGAACUUGAAGCAGUUUCUUUCAGAAGAGUUAUAUUCGCUUUAGAUAAAAUCCCUAAAGAACCUCAACAGCAGAUUCCUUCUAGGCGGCCCCAAAAAGGUAAUGUGGUUAUGCCAGAAGACUUGACUGCACUUCCUUCAAAGCUGUCCAUCGGCAUAGCUGAUAGCGCAGAGGUCAAAAGAACAGGAAAAGUUGAUCCGAAGGAGCUGAAAGAAGCCAAGGAAAGGCAAAAGUACCUCAGCAUCGAAGCAAAGAAACACGCUGAAGAAGCGCAUUCUAACGCUCUUGGCUUGGCUAAGGAGGUGUCCCGUUACAAAAAGUGGAAGAAGGGCGAGAUACCAGCAUCUGCCAAUGCUACAAGUUCCACCACAUAUCAGGACGAAGUUGGCGCAAGGUUUGUCACAGGUAAAUUGGAUAUAGACACUCCAUUGCAUCAGCAUGUUGACUACUUUGACGAUGCAGAAGAUCAUGAGAUGAAGAACAAGGGGGAAGAUGAAUGUGAAGAUGAAGAUCGGGAACUUUCCUUAGAAGAGUUAUACUCACGUUGCUGUCAUCUUCGGGAAAUUCUUCCAAUCCCAGUUACUUUGAAGCAAUUGAAGGGAAAGACCAGACCUUUGCAUGUCUUGAAGAUGCUCAAUCCAAGGCCGACCCUUAUUGAUGUGCUAUCAUUCUCUGAUUUCCUUGCCCUUGCACCAGUUGUUACAGUUAUAUUUGACAACGUGACGCUAACCACGGAGAUGCUUAAAACUGUUCUUGUGAGUUUAUCCCGUUCUAGUACAUUGGAAAAGCUUUCUCUUAGAAACAUGCCGAUUGAUCCCGAGGGCUGGAAAUGGCUCUGUAAAUUCCUCAUCGAAAAUAAGGACAUAUCUAAGCUUGACAUUUCCCAGCAGAAGAUCAGAGCAGAUACUCCAGAGAAUUGCAGUCGUUCGCAUAUGGAUUGGGACGUUUUUUGCAAUUGCAUUCAGAUCCGAGGCGGUAUCGAGGAAUUGGUCAUUAAUGGAUGCCAUUUAAGCACAGCACACUUUAGAAAGCUAGUUGAAGAUGGUCUUUCCAUCGGUACGAGGCGACUUGGCGUCGCUGCCACUGGAUUGGACGUUGAAAAAUCCACAAUUCUAUCCCGAUGGGUUAGUGCUCCUUCUACUACUUGUGUUGGCGUUGAUAUUGCAUUCAACGAUUUGAACGACGGCCAAUUGAUUCCAUUUAAUGAUGCUUUCAAGCACAAGUUUGAGACAGUCAAACUAGUAUUUUUUUCGUUGAAUAAGACAAAUAUCACUGUUGAGGAGGCGGAAGAAACCAUCAAGAACCUUUCGUCCCUCAAAUGCUUGCGAUUCUUGGAUUUGGGUAAUGAUCCGCAACUUUUCCCUGGAAUCAUUCCCACGCUACAAGAAUACUUACCUAAAUUUCCGGAAUUAAGGCGCAUUCAUUUUGAGUUUGACGAUCUCUCUGAGAUGUCUAUAGUGCAAUUGGCCAUUAUUUUCCGUGAUUGCCCCAAGUUAGUUCACGUCUCGUUAUUGGGCAACGAUUUAUUCUCGCCAAAAUCGUCAGUGGCUCUAUACGGCGCAGUGAAAUCCUCAGGUAUCUACAAUUUGGAUCUGGACUACAACCUUAUAGGAGAUGAACUUGCUUCCAAGAUGGCAUUCUAUUUGAUGAGGAACAUGGAGAAGUUCUUGAACAACAAUCCUGAGCUCGAACAAUCACCUUCUAAUGAUGAAGAUUUAAUAUUUGACGGGCAGAUGUUGGCACGUGCCGCUGAGGAUAUGCUAGAGAGUAAACAUAAGCAGAGCGCAGAGGAAACGGCCGUGAUUUGGAAGUCUUUGGCGGACAGAACGAUCCGAUUGAGACAAGAAAUUCAUCAUACCAUUGACACAUUGUUUGAGCGAAGAGAGCAUGGCACCUUAUCGAUUGAAGGUAAAGAAAACUUACUUCGUCUUUGUCUUUUGGAUGACUCUCUAGAGAAUAUUCUUGGAAUCUUCCACGAGGAAACGAAUAAAGUUCUGAAAACUUCAAAUACUUCAGAAGACGUGUUAUCAGGUACUUCAGAACGUCCUGGUAUGAUGAGACGGAUAUCUAAUCAAGCACCACUGCAUGAGGCAUCGACAGACAUUAUUUCAACUGGUCCUAUAGUGUCGCCCUCUCAAGUCGUUGAUGACACGUCUGGGAAACCAACAGAGGAAGAAUCUGCGCCUCAUCAGGUUGUGGAGGAUACUAAUCUGAACACUGUUGAUAACUGGACCGGAAAGCCCGUGCUGAUGAGAAGCGCUUCGCAGACAUCCAUACAUGGCAAGCAGUUGGAGGAGGAAGAAGGAGAGUUCCAUAAGUGGGGAUUUUUUGUGCAGCAUCAGAGUACUGGAGAUGUCAAUAAGAAGAGCGAUGGUUCCAGUGAAGAUAGUGGAAGUAAGCUGGAAAGCUCAGAUACACUUGAGUUGCAGAAGGCCAGGUUGAAGCGGGUUAACAUUCCUUCGGGUACUGCCUUGAGGGAGGCGGUCAUGAAGGCCAAGGGAUUAAAGAGCAUAUCUGAUUUGAUCAAUAAAGUUAGCAAGAGCGAAUCGCCUGGUACUACACCAUUGGUUAAGUUAUCUUCUGGUGGAGAGGACGAGGGCGAGGGCGAAGGUGCUGACGGAGGAGGCACCGGAGUCAAGAAUACCAAAAAUCUUGGAGGUCCUCAGGGAACUGCAGCAAGCAUGACUACUACUAAAGAAACUUCUGGAAGCGCAUCCACUGAAACAGAUGCGGCUCCUUCUACGAAAGGUACUGGCUUUUUAUCUAUGUUCGUACCUUCUGAGAAGGACGAUUCUAUUGACGAGUUGGUCGUUAAAGGACACGCAGAACUAGUCUAUGAGAGAUUACUUGAUAAUGCAGUGAAAGAGCGUGGAACGAGAAAGAAAUGA